CUCAGUUCUUCCAAUUCUAAACAGCAAGCCAGCAAGCGACGUCCAUCCCCUACAUCCCCCUCCUCUCGUCCCCCUUAGAUCUCCUUUCCCAACAAGUACCACUCCUGCACUCCUCCUCUUUCCCCCUCCCAGUAUGGCCAGUCGUCGCACCAGCGGCAGGCUGAGCGCUGUUGGCUCCAAGCAGGCAGCAUACACCGUCGACAACGACAUGGACGAUGACUCCGACUCGACUCCAGAUAUGCCUACCGGCAAUAGCAGCAGAACAGCCUAUACACCUGCCACUAGCAUCGCUGAUGACGACAGCAAGAGCAGCGCUACCAAGUUCAGCAGUAAGAAAGCUGCUUCUCUCAGCGACUCGGAAGAGGUCGAAGCGGGGUUGUCCACUCGCGCAAAGGCUCCUAGCAGGGCCUCAAAGAUUGUCAAGGCAACCCCCUAUAGCAGCACAGCAGGAAGCAAGCGCAAACGCAAAGAUCCCAACGAUGUCGUCCCAAAGCAGGAGCGAGAGUCAUCUGUCGAAUUCAUUGAAGCGAGACCGGCUUCCGUAAGCAAAGGCAAGCAACGUAGCAUCGCAACCAAUGCUGCUAUCAAGAGGCAAGUCGAUACCGAUGACGAUCUGUCUGACGAAGAAACGACGAAGAAGACAUCACAGACUUCUCACUACUUCGACAAAGGGAAAGUCCCACUCAAGUCAGACAGCAUCGCCAAUGAGCUGGGAAACUACAUCUUGGACGAUGACGACGACGCAUUCGAGAAUAUGCUUGACAAUCAGAAUGAUGUCGAUGACGUUGAAGACGCCUGGGAAGACUCGGAUGAAGACUUCAAGGAGCCUUCAAGGAGCCGCAAGAGGAACACGGCUACCAAAGCGAAGGCAGCUCCCAAGAAGGCAAUCAGCAAGGGUAAGGGUAAGGCGAAAGCUCAGUCGUCCGCGGCUUCAACGUCUCGAGGUCGCAAGACUCCGGCAAAGCAGCGCGGUCGUGCUGGAUACAAGGCAAAGGCUGCUUCUGAUGACGAUGACGAUGACUACCAGAGUGAGGACGCCGAAGAAGACUUUCUCGCAGAGACUUCUGGUGACGAUGACGAUUCAGCAUACCCAGCAAGCAAGCGACAGCGAGCCCCUCAUGGCGGAGCAAAGAUUUCCACCAGUCAUUUCAACGACACGACGGACGACGAUGAUGACGAUGAUGACGAUGAUUCCGGGUCAGACGAGGGAACGCCAGCGAACGCGGUCGCUAGCGGAAGCAUCAACGCAGAGGAGCAGCAGUACGAGACCAAGAUCCAAAGGGACAAGAGGCUCGCGAGGGAAGCACGACAGGCUCGAAUCGAAAAGAACCGUAAGAAGAAGGGAAAGGCCAAGAAGAAGGCCAGGACCCAGUUCCAGAAGACCAAUGACGCCUUGAAGCGACACCAUCCGGAGCUUCGCGGCGUCUGGAAGAGACUAGCCAAUUCCGCCGACAACGACAAGAAGACGAAGGCACAGCAGCCAGCUGGGCUGUCUUGCCCGCUCCUUCCUUUCCAGCUCGAGGGACUCAACUGGCUCAUCAACCAAGAGAAGGGAGAGUGGAAAGGCGGAAUCCUUGCCGACGAAAUGGGCAUGGGCAAGACCGUGCAGAUGAUCUCUCUGCUGCUUUCCGACCGCAAAAAGCCAACGCUAGUCGUGGCACCUACCGUAGCCAUCUUGCAAUGGCGCAAUGAGAUCGCGAAGUACACCGAUGACGCGCUCAAAGUGACAGUCUGGCAUGGAGCUACCCGAGAGGCAGACGUCAAGAAGUUACGAGAGCAAGACGUCGUCUUGACGAGCUACGCAGUCAUGGAGAGCUCUUUCCGAAAGCAGCAGAUCGGUUUCAAGAGAAAGGGACUGAUCGUCAAAGAACAGUCAGCUUUGCAUUCAGUCAUCUGGCACAGGGUCAUUCUCGAUGAAGCUCACAACAUCAAGGAGCGAGCUACCAAUACCGCCAAGGCUGCAUUUACUCUUCAGACCACCUAUCGAUGGGCGCUCAGUGGGACACCUCUUCAGAAUCGUGUCGGAGAGCUCUACUCGAUGGUUCGCUUCCUCGGCGGUGAUCCUUACGCCUACUACUACUGCAAGUACUGUCCAUGCAAGAGCUUGCACUGGUCGUUCUCGGACAGACGAUCUUGCGAUAGCUGUGGUCACACGCCCAUGCAUCACGUCUGUCUCUGGAACGUUGCCAUUCUCAAGCCCAUCCAGAAGUAUGGCACUUCUGGAGGUGAGGGCAAGGACGCAUUCAAGCGCCUGCGAACUCUUCUGGACAAGUUGAUGCUUAGACGCACGAAGCUCGAGCGUGUGGAUGACAUGGGUCUUCCACCUCGCACCAUCACAGUGCGAAAGGACUACUUCAACGAAGAAGAAGAGGACCUGUACGACAGUCUCUACGGCGAAGGCGUGCGCAAGUUCUCCACAUUCAUCGACUCCGGCACUGUUCUCAACAAUUACUCGAACAUCUUCACGCUGCUGACGCGAAUGCGACAGAUUGCGUGCCAUCCUGAUCUUGUCUUGCGCUCCAAGACUGGUCUCAAGAACAAGCUGCUGGGGGAUGCUGCUCUCGAGAGCUUCCAUCUGUGCAAGAUUUGCACUGAAGAGGCCACCGAGCCUAUCGUCAGCAAAUGUCGCCACGUCUUCUGCCGACAGUGUGUUCAGCAGUAUAUUGACUCGGUGUUCGGAGAUCAGGCUCCUGACUGCCCCUACUGCCACUCGACCUUGUCGAUCGAUCUCGAGCAGGAGGCUCUCGAGGAUACGCAUGACGGCAGCAACACCAGGCAGGGCAUUCUUGCUCGAAUCGAUACCGAAAAGUGGCGCAGCAGCACAAAGCUCGAGGCUCUCGUUGAAGAGCUCAACUCGGUUCGUCGUGAGGACUCGACCACCAAAUCCAUCGUCUUUAGUCAGUUCGUCAACUUCCUCGACCUCAUUGCCUUCCGCCUCCAGCGAGCCGGCUUCAAGAUCUGUCGUCUGGAGGGUGGCAUGACCCCCGAGGCCCGAGAUCGAACCGUCAAGUAUUUCAUGAACAACCCCGAUGUUACUGUCUUCCUCGUAUCCCUCAAGGCAGGAGGUGUCGCUCUCAAUCUCACCGAGGCCAGUCGAGUCUACCUUAUGGAUCCCUGGUGGAAUCCAAGUGUAGAGCUGCAGGGUAUGGACAGGAUCCACCGACUGGGUCAGCAUCGACCCAUCGUCAUGACCAGGAUGAUCAUCGAGAACAGCAUCGAGUCUCGUAUCGUAGAGUUGCAGCAGAAGAAGUCCAAUAUGAUCAACGCGGCUCUAGCCGACGACGAUUCUGCCAUGGGCAGGCUCUCUGUCCAGGACUUGAAGUUUCUCUUCACCCUUUAGAUCGGCCGGCCACUCUCAGAGGCCAGCACCAAGAAGAGGGCGGCGAAGCGUGUGAGGCGAUCGCGUACGAGACGAUUCUCGACGCCAUUGCCGAUGAACCUUCGGUCGUCUCUUCCUACUUCAUCCAUCUAUCUUUCUUGUCAUCGUGUGUUCUCUCUUAUGCAUUCAUAGAUACUGUGUAUCGCCACACUCCGAGACUGAAGAGGCAACACUUCAUACCUAUCUCUUUUAGAUCUCUAUUUUGUACAUUUCUUCGCGUCACCGGCUUCCGAAUUCAAUGAUCUGAACCU